GGUGACCAAGGCGAACAAAACACACGAACACUUGCCCGCCUACAUGACGCUCGUCCGAAACCGGUAUCGCGUGGUGCAGCGCCUGGCGCAGACGACCUACGGCGGUAUCUACCUGUGCACCGACGAGCUGCUGCGGCGGCGCGUCGCGCUCAAGAGCGUGUCGCUCUUGCACGCCAUCAACAUGCUGGACCUGCGCAAGCCGGAGACGCAGGCGCCCGACGACCCGCGCCAGGAGAAGGCCUUCUCGGCGCUGCAGCGCGCGCAGCCGGACGCGCACCCGCACGUCGUGCAGUACCUGGACGACUUCGUGGAGGGCCAGACGCUCUACUUCGUGCUCGAGUACUGCGCCGGCGGCGACCUCUUCUCGAGCGUCAACCGCGGCCAGAACCGCCGCCUCCAAGGCGUCGACGCGCUCGCCGUCGUGCAGCAGGUGGCGGCCGGAGUGGCCUACCUGCACAGUCUCGGCGUGGCGCACCGUGACUUGAGUCUCGAGAACGUCAUGCUCAGCCGCGGCGUGUGCAAGAUCUGCGACUUCGGGCUGUCCGCGCGGGCUGACCAGCUCAGCGUGGGACGCGUGGGCAAGGCCUACUACAUGGCGCCCGAAGUAGUGGUACCGAGCUCCGCGUACGACCCCAAGGGGGCCGACGUCUGGUCGCUCGGCAUCAUCCUGUUCAUCCUCGUGACGGGCUCGCCGCUCGUGCCGCUGGCCACACGCGAGGACGCGGCGUUCCGCGCCUUCGAGGCGGUGGGCGUGCGCGAGGUGCUGGCGGCCUGGAGGAUGCCGCACGUGCUGGACGAGCGCGCGCUGCAGCUGCUGGAGGGCAUGCUGCAGUGCGACCCGAACGAACGUCUGACUAUUGAAGAGGUGCUGCACCACGAGGCGUUCGUACGGACAGCGGCCGCGGCAUGA